AUGUACACAUUGAUUGCGCCAUUUGCACGCAUACCAGACGUCUAUCCUAGUACACUGGAUCAAAGGGCCUUGGUCAGUUCCUUUACACAACCUCAAAUACCCGCCCACUUAUCCGAUUUACCGCUCCACGAUAUUCGGGAAAACUAUCUCAGCUUCGUCAUACAAUCUAUUCCUGGGGCGAUGAACUAUGUAUGCGCUGGUCUUUCGCUUACAUAUCAUUUCCCCAGUCGCCAGAUGUACAUUUUCAUGCAUGGCUUAGCAACGGAGACUUACGACCGCUUCGCUCGCGAUGUCGAAGAGGGUGCUGCAAACGAAUCUGCCUUUAUAAUUCCCAGUAUGAUUGUUCAACAUAACCUCUCCCAACUAGGCAAAGUCAUUGACCGGUGGCAUGACGAGAUCUACUGGCACGAACGAGCGCUAGGCAUCCGAUACGAUCACCAUGACAGUAUUGACCUGGCGAAUCUUGACUUCACGGCACUUUCAAGGACUCUAAAUGCAGCAAACACCCAGCUUGCAUAUAUCGCUUGGUCGUGCAAAAGCACUGCGCGUUUGCUUGAUUUCCUGAACCAGGUUACAGAUCGAUAUCGACAACAAGCUAUGGCCCACGGUGAGCCAGAGAAAGAUAUUGCGCAUAUCAUAGAUUUACUAUCGGGGACGCAUGAACAUCUGCGCGCUUGGAAUGCCGGACUGCAGGAUAGAACCGAAUAUCUUUCUAAAAGAGGUCAAGCUUUAGUUCAGACCAUAUACAGCGGCAUUGCUCAACGCGAUGCAGCGACCAGUCUCAGUCUGGCCAGUACUAGCACUAGCCUGGCACGAUCUUCGCAAAGUGUAGCCAUUUCUACAUCACGUGAUAGUGCCAUAAUGAAGAUCAUCGCCGCAAUGACAAUGAUCUUUCUUCCCGCCACAUUUACUGCUACAUUCUUCAGCACCACGUUUUUCGACUUCAACAACGAUCUGAAUGGGCGCAUGUACUCUUCUUGGCUAUGGCUAUAUUUUCUAGUCACUUUUGUACUUACAUUCGUAGUCAUGCUAGUCACGUGGUGGUUGUGGAAGAAGAAAGAAAAGGAAGUCAAUGCAUCUCUGGAUGCUAAAUUAGAAAUGUCUCACAGCAAUUCGCAAGCGCUGUAA